AUGAUUGCUACUGGAGGCCUUCUGCGGAUCUCAGCCAGACGCCAAGAUUCACUCCGUGCCAAAAAUCGAGCUGAGAACAAGCGCAAGAGGAAAGCCAAAAAGAAGAGAAAGAAUGAGGUGGUGGUGGUGAAGGGCAAACUCAAGUUUUGUUCCAUCUCUGGCCUGGUUGCUGCAGUCGGUAUUCUUGUGCUGCUUGUUGGGAUUGCCCUUGCUGUGCUGGGCUACUGGCCUAAAGAGAGCUCGCUUCAUCCAGGACUCCUCAGAGUCAAGGAAUUACAGAAACCAGAGUGGACUGAUGAUAGAGGAGCAAACUGGACCUCUGUGCAUCAGCUGGAUAGAAAUAUGCAAAGCUCAAAUUAUACCAAUGGCACCACCAAGGAGUCACUAAAGUUGAGUGCUUUUGCUAAGUUUUUAAAUAGACACUUGUAUUCAAACAAUUUAAAAGUGUUUGGACCCUUGAUUAUGGGCAUUGGGAUCUUCCUUUUUAUUUGUGCUAAUGCAGUUCUGCAUGAGAACAGGGACAAAAAGACAAAAAUCAUUAACCUUAGAGAUAUCUACUCAACCGUCAUUGAUAUUCACAAUUUGCGCACCAAGGACAAUGCUUCAUUAAAUGGUUUUGUAAACUGUGCACCAUCAGGGGAAGUAGAAAGCAAUCCAAGCUCAACAUAUAGUGCUGCUAUGCUCGGAAAGGGCUCCUGGUCUUCUUCAGGCUCAUUUACACAUGACCAGGGCAGCUUUACUUCAUCCAGAAAAUCAUCUAGUGGCAAACAGCAAGAUUUACCUUUAAACAGGCAUUCCUUUACAGACACAGUGUAUAGCAUUUACAAGGAGCGAGCAUCAGAGCCCAGGCAGUGGGAGACUAAAACUAUUGUAAAUUCAUCAGUUAAUGCUUUUACAUUACCUUUGAUCAAACUCAACAGGAGGGCAGAACAUAGAAGAGGUUCUGACAAAACUGGGGAGAUCAGCAAUGAAUAUUUGGAUGCUGAUGCUAUACAACAUCGUCUGGAGUCGCUAGCAGCGUCACGGAGCAUCACCAAAGUGAAGACUGUUCCACCUCAAACUAUCCUUUCCCAGGACUCAGUAGAGGUUUAUAAGAGCAGUGGAAGCCUACUGAACACUACACACCUUUCUCUUCAGGGCUCACAGGUGCAACUCCUACCUGCCUCACCCGGCCCCACGGUGACAGGCUCUCACCUGUCCCUGAGUGCUCUAACAGACUACACCAGGUCUGUUGACUUGGGAAUCUGCCCAUCCACCCCAGUCAACCAGCACCUGGAAAGAACCAGGCGACUUAGUUGCCCUCGGUUGGAGGGCCUUGGAACUGGGGGUUAUAGCAAGCUGGAGGGCUUUGGAGGGGAGUCAUUUGAGUCAACAGAUGUGACCAGUUUUAGCCGUGGGAGUUCUGAUGCCUUGUCCAAAGGUCAAGUUUCAAAAAAUUCGCCUGUCCAGGAGGGGGGCACCUCAAGUGAGCAUGACCAUGGUAUGAUCAGGCAAUACACAAACAAAGAAAAACUAUUGAUGAUUUCCCAGUCAAAUACCACCUUGGAGGACAUUGAAAUGGAAAGUUUAGAAAUCUAGCCAAGCCAAUGAACUGGAUCAGUGAACUUGUAACUUGUU